AAGAGCUGCGCACUGACCCGAUACGUGAGCUUAUAAUGAUGAGUAGUUCGGACAGUUCGAUCGUGACCCCGCGAGAGCGCGUUUUUUCUGGUUUGUACACGCACUAAAGCAAACAACACUCAUAAACUAGAGCUCCAAAAGAAGCAAUCUGGGUUUUUGUUUCUCAUGAGUAGAGGAGACAUGGAGCUACAACUAAAACUUUUCGCGCUGUGUCUUCUGGUGGUGCCAAAUGUGUUAAGCAUAAGGGAGGUUCAGAAAAAAUGCUUGUGUAAUUCGGAAUGGCGACUUGUCUACGAAAAUAAUCCAAGUGGAGGAGCCGUGCACGGAAACAAGUAUGCGCUGCUGGCCGCUAUACUCGCGGGCGCCCGUGUCCGCGUCAGUACGGGCGACUAUGUCGCAGAGGCUGAUGGGAUAUAUGUGCACGACGGUCAUGCGCACGCAGAGCUGCUACAGCACGUGAGCAAGGCGACCUGGAUGACUUUCCAGGCAGAUGCUUACUGGUACUGGACCAUUUUAGCGACCACUGGAUUCCACCAAAACAUCAGAUACAACGUCGGCUCCAGUACCCCACGAGGAGUGACUACCAAUACAAGGGGAACCAAGUGGUACGUGAAGUCCUCCUUUACAAGCUUGUUACCUGUCUACGCCAACAACAAGGCCGGACAAGCAGUGUCCGGUACCCUUGGGCAACUGAAGGCCGCUGUGUCCGCCGGACAAGACAUCCGGGCCAUCACAGAAGGGUCCUAUCAAUUCCCGAUGCAGAACGUUGCCUUCGACAACAAAGUCGUAGCGGGACAGUUUCUAGACCACAUCAGCAAGGCGACAUCGGGCGCGACGAUCCAGUUUCAACCAAAUCCAUAUUGGUGGUUCACCAUAAUAAGCACUAGUGGAAAGCGUGACAUGUCACGCUGGUCAGUGGGUACGCACACGUCACGUGGUCACACAUCGGAUACCGUCUCCACCGAAUGGUUCGCAGACCCGUGCUGGCAACUCGCCUACGGUCACGAUACAAAGGGUAACGCAAUCCAAGGGAGUCUCAAUGGGCUUAUCACCGCUAUCCAAUCAGGAAGGCGAAUCCGAAUCCAGUUGGGAUCUUCAGGUGCAUAUACCACAGAGGCAGAUAACUUGUCAAUCAUCCGUGGUCAAGUGACCGCACAGGCGCUAAAGCACGUCAGUAAGGCAUCGUUGGAGACGUUCCAGGGUGACGCAUACUGGUGGUGGCUAAUGGUCUCGACAACUGGCACGGUCCGCAUGAGAAGGUACGAUGUUGAAGGGACUCGGGAUCGCGGAUCAACAAAGACGCCAUACACCGUCAAAUGGUUUGUCGACACGCGUCCAUGGUCUCUCGCGCUUGCGCACAACGAACAGGGAACCCCCCUCGCCGGAUCACGUGCAGGGCUCGUCAAAGCCGUCAGGGCCGGCGCGGCGGUACGCAUCGUACAAAUCGACGGAGCUUAUGCGUUUCCCGCGCAAAAUCUACAGGUCGAUCCAACCGGAAGUGACGUAGCUGCACAGACGCUGAACAGCGUGAGUAUGCAAGAAGUUGCGGGCGCAAGUGAGAUGGAGAUCCAGCCGAAUCCCUAUUGGUGGUUCACUAUCGUGACGUCCCGCGGGGAACGGGAUAUGUCCCGCUGGAGUGUUGGCGCGCAUGUCAGCCGAGGAAAUUCGAAAGACCGCGUGGGGCUCAAGUGGUUCGUGCAGAAGUGACGUCAUCAAGAUAGAGGGCUUUUGUAGUGAAAGAUCGCGGUGACGGAAAAUAAUAAUGAUAAUAAUAAUAAUAGGGAAUAAGUAAACGUGAAAUAAGACAUAAAUGUAAGAGUGAACAUUUUCUUGAUUUUCUUUUCCAAAUCGAUGUAAAACAGUAAAGGAAUAAAGUAAUCUUAAAGUAUA